AUGGGUCUAGGAAACAGCAGCGUCGCUACCAACGAAAAUGCUCCGCCAGCACCGCACCAGCGACGGCCUGAGUUCGAAGCAGCCUCGGCCAUUCUGGAGGCUCUGGGAGAGGCGCCGGCUAAGAAACCCCAAGUACUACAUCGGGCUUCCCUGCCGACCAGCAGCUCCUCGGAUGAAUCUCUUUCACUCGAGUGCAGUGCAAGCCCGCAGGUUGAGGCCCGCAUCAGCGCCGGCAUUCUUCGUCUGGGCUUGGAAAUCCUACUCGGCCUUCGACGUUCUGGAAUGGUGGGGCAAGGCAACCUCAUCUUUUCGCCGUACGCCAUUGCCAGCACGAUGGCGGCGCUGCUGUCCGAUCCGAGCGCCAACACCGUCACGGCCAAACAGGUGGCCCACCUAUUACACAUUUCGUCGCUAGACCAGAGCGUGACGGCGUACUUCGCACGUCGCGACAGAGUCUUGCCGCGCUGUCGAAACGACAAUGUCCACUCGUUCGACAUGGCCUACCAGGUUGUUGUGCAUUACAACUACCACCGGGUAGGCAACGAAGACGACGACGACGACGACACCAGGGCGUCGGCGCCCACGACGGCGCGCGCGUCUCGUAUGCCGUGGGAUUUCAAGCGCGAGCCGGAGUCGAGUCGAGCCGACGCGGACCACCACGCUCGUUGCUACGCGCCGUCCUUUGCUCCCGAUGAGAUCCUACCACCGGGCACGGUGACAGAGUCGACACUGGUGUUGCUUCUAAGCGUGAUCGACUUCGGAGGUACCUGGAAAUACCCCUUAGACGCCAAGGCCGCGGGGCAGGGUUUCUUCUACGAAACCCCGUGUGCCCCAAUUACGGUGGGCACGAUCAGGCAGACGGGACGGCUCAGGGUGUUCGAUGCUACCAAGAACCUGGGCGCCAUGCUGGUUGAGGUCCCCUACCAGGGUCCGAAAGGCACCUUCAGUUUGCACACGAAGGACAAAAAUCCCAAAAUUGCCCUGGUCCUCUUCAUACCCGUGGUCAUGGACGGCCUGGAGGAGCUCGAACGUCGACUCAACGUGGCGAAUGUCAGCGAAGCAUUAAGCAAUCUUCGCGAAGUGGAUGACGUCGAGCUCACCCUGCCGCUCUUUCGGGCCAAACAGGUCAUCGACCUGAAGGAUACGCUUUCCUCGCUCGGCUUCGGUGCGUGGUACACGGACGAACUGCAACCGCUACACGCUAGUGAGCCGGGCCCUCACGCAGUAAGCGCUGCGAGACACGCGUCCGCUUUUCGCGUCUGCACGAAGGGCGGCGCUGCUCAGGUUACGAAGACCAAGCCGCCCAAGGGCAAAGCGGCAGCUGGACGCCGCUACACCGUAGACCGACCUUUCUUGUUCAUGGUGACGUGCAGCGACCCGGACGCCAUGCUCCUGCUAGGUUCGGUCAAGGGCAUUUAUUGGUAG